CUCUGGCUUUUCACUUCACUUUUGGAAGCUCUUUUAUUCGACUUAAAUUUUAUGUUUUGAGUAGAAGGUUUUUCAACAUCCUCUUCCUCCGUUUGCUGUUGUAAUCCCUGCACUCCCGACCAUGGCCAUAGUACCGGUUUCCAAUAUCCACACGAUGCGACCAAAUCCCCUCCAGGGCCUGGAGUUCCUUUACGUACCUCUGCAGUACGGCGUGCAUGUGACCACGACGCUGAUCUCGGCCAUAGGGUCCUUCCUGUACCGCCUGUGGACGCCGCCCUUGAGAAGAAGUUGGUGAACCCCCUUAAAAAAGGAGCUUUGCAGUGGGUAUUAUUUUCUACUCGCCGUCCACAGUGUCCAAGGUGUAGAAGACGCCUUGGCAAGACGAGGCUAAGGAAGCCAGACUUGGUCACCAAAGGAAUUCGAUGCCGGGACGGACACGACUUCGAGCGAGGCAGAUGAAGAAGAUGUUAAGCCAGGCGGAUGCACAAGCAAGGCACGCCGAGGGACAGGGUCCAUGACCAGGACCAGUCUGGGCUGGAGGCGCUGCCAUGGGUCGGGAGGCGGAGGAGCCGGGCAUGGGAACACGAGAAGGGACAGCACCAACGGCAACAGCAGCGCAAACAAAACGACCAGCAGAUCUGGAGGAGCGGAAGAACUGUGCACUGCAAAAUUUAUGUGGCGAACUCCAAGAAAUCGCUAGAA